UCCAUAGGGAGGAGGCGCCGCUGCUUUCUCAUUAAACAGGGUUUCACAGCCUUGGCAUUUUGGAUUGUAUGAUUCCCUGUGAGGGGGGCCGCCCUGUGUAUUGUAGCAUGUUUAACAAGAUCCCUAGCCUCUGCCUAUUAGAUGCCAGUAGCACCCCUCUCCCCCAUCCCUGUUUGUGACAACCAAAACGUCCCUGGGGGUGGGGGUGGGGGGUAACAUCGUCCUGUUAAGAACCACUGCUCUAAAAGACUGUCUCGUGUUGCGGAGAGGGCUACACAUUUAACCUGAACAUUUCUGAGGACUCCUUGUUGUGUCCCAUUUACUGUUAGUGAGGCAAGAAUUGCGCUUUCUUCGUAUUCUCACGCCUGUUCGGCCAGCUUCUGGUACGCCUGAAAACUGGUUUUUUAAAGUGGAAGCCAGAUUAUGACAGUGCUGCUUCUGAAUAUGAAAAAGCAGCUGUUGCUUUUAAAAAUGCCAAACAGUUUGAGCAAGCAAAAGAUGCCUGCCUGAGAGAAGCUGUUGCCCAUGAAAAUAACAGAGCUCUUUUUCAUGCUGCCAAAGCUUAUGAGCAAGCUGGCAUGAUGUUGAAGGAGAUGCAGAAACUACCAGAGGCUGUUCAACUGAUUGAGAAAGCCAGCAUGAUGUAUCUAGAAAAUGGCACCCCUGAUACAGCAGCCAUGGCCUUAGAACGAGCUGGAAAGCUUAUAGAGAAUAUAGAUCCAGAAAAGGCUGUACAGUUAUAUCAACAGACAGCUAAUGUGUUUGAAAAUGAGGAACGUUUACGACAAGCAGUUGAGUUACUAGGAAAAGUCUCCAGACUGCUAGUACGAGGGCGCAGGUUGGAUGAGGCAGCUCUCUCUAUUCAGAAAGAAAAAAAUAUUUAUAAGGAAAUUGAGAACUAUCCAACUUGUUUUAAGAAAACAAUUGCUCAAGUCUUAGUUCAUCUCCACAGAAAUGACUACGUGGCUGCAGAAAGAUGUGUCAGGGAAAGCUACAGCAUUCCAGGGUUCAGUGGGAGUGAAGACUGUGCUGCACUGGAACAGCUUCUCGAAGGAUAUGACCAGCAAGACCAAGACCAAGUGUCAGAGGUCUGCAACUCACCACUUUUCAAGUACAUGGACAAUGAUUAUGCUAAGCUGGGCCUGAGUUUGGUGGUCCCAGGUGGGGGAAUCAAGAAGAAAGCGCCAGCAACACCACAAGCCAAGCCCGAAAGCACCACUGCCACCGCUGCAGAGGAAGGCGAAGAUGAAUAUGCGGGAGGGCUGUGCUAGGCUUUGCCGAAAGAAAGGGAAGAAUCCUGACAUGCCGUUCAUGGGCUUGGAACUUACCUAAGGAUACCCAGACUUCAUUGCACUCAUGGUUUUGAAUGCUAAUAAAGACUAAUUUUUUAGUUAUUAUUUCCCCAAACUAUCCAUUGUACGUACCACCUGUGAAGCAUUUUUUUCUUUCCACGAUAAGAGCUUUUCUAAGACAGCAGCAGGAAUGAACAGAAAAAAGUACCAUCAUAUUUUAAUACAGUUGAUUUUAAAGUUUGAAAGCCAAAUUCUAAAUACAUUAUGUUCUAAACAACAGAGACAAUAGGCAUAGAUAUUCUCUUCUCUUGGGCUCUUGUAAUUUAUUGUUAAGAGAAUUUUCUUUGCAUUUUAUUUAAUAAUUGCUGCUAAAAUUGAAGUUUACUAGUUAAACAAUAGUAUUUUAAACAUUUGUUUUGAAAAUGAAAUUUAUCCCCCAUGAUAUCAGAUACAUUUAAUUUAAAUUAUUAAAUCUUUCCAGAGGUGAGAUUGGCACAGGAAACUAUUUUGAGACUUACAAUAUUAGCCCAAUAAAAGACACAUAUGUAAGUUUGAAACUAGGUAGCAUAUGAAAGUUAUUCUGUAAAUGUCUUCAGUUCUCUGUGAAAUAUGGGUAUUUUUUCCACCUCAAAAAACCCACAUAGUUACUGUCUCCAAACCCACUUGUUUCUUGACUAAAUGGGAACUAAUGUGGAUAUUUUUAUGUGUUCUAACAAAGAGGUAAUGUUUCCAUCAAUCUACAUAUAUAUUUUUUCCCUCCAAAAUAAGAUGAUUGAUUUAGAGUUGUAACAGACAGUAACUUGACAUGGGAAAUGCUGUAUACCACAAAAAUUUUGCUCUGAAAUGGAAAACUGUUUUUGAAGUACUUAUAUUUAAAGUCCCAUGCUGCCAGUAUUUUGAUUCUUUAUAGAUUUUUCCUAAAAGGUUCUUUUGAAGCAUUCCUCUUUCAUUGUUUGUGGCUUACUUAGACUCAUCUCCCAACCUAUUAAUUGGAAAGAGACUCCAAACACCAGCAGUGGGCAUUCUGCAGGCGAUGGACCCAGAGUGGUUUCCUAUUCCUUUGCACCCUGUCUCCUCAUAGAGUCCUACCUGAUGCAAGCGCAGUGUGUUUAGUUUUGCCAGACUUCCUGAAAACACUAAGGGAGAUUAUCACAAAUAGUUCACAGUUGGUUAGGUAGGAGAGCUUAGAAUAACAUCCUCAUUUGGCAAGUAAACUUGGGGUGGUGGGUGUAUAUUAGGAUAGAAAUCUUUAUUGAAGGUCUGAUUCAAAACACUGGUAAAUUUGACGUUUUGAUUCUGUAGGUUACUUGCAUAGUUCAGUGGGUAGCAGAUAAUUUUCAAUAAUUGUAUGGAGAUUAACUUUGACCAAUCUCAAUAGAACUGUAUUUAGGCAGUUGUAUUUAAUGACAUAUUGAUAUUUCAAAGAUCCUAUCAUUGCUGCUUUUCCCUUUAGAUCCAGUGAGAAGCUUCAGAAGUCUUAUAGUAAUGUCAUUUGAGCUGAUUAUCUAUUUAAACAGAUUUAGUAGCACUUAAAAGAUAUUUUAUACCAUUUGUUUAUAGACCAUAUUAUCCAUUACAGCCUUGGAAACAUUGUUUUUACUUUUACUCUUUUCUUACAUAUUAAACAAAACCAAGAAUGAUUCAGUGCAUUCUGUAGCAGCAAAUGAGUCUUAAACAACAUAAAGGAGUGCAGCCUCUCUCCACCGUCCUUGCCCACGUUGAAGAACUGAUACGUGGAACUUGUGGAUGUCUCUGAUGUCAGGGUUAUUCUGUGUGGUGUCCAGUAAAGAGUAUUUGUUCCACCUUAAGCAUUUAAGCUUUCUACUUACAUAAAUCUUUAUCCUCAGAAUAUAGUCAGUUGGUGGAAAAGUUGGUGUUUACAACAGGAAAAGUUGUUUUCCAGAACUCAUGUCAUCACUUUUAACAAAGUGGAAGUCUGCAUGAAUAUGCUCAGAAUCUAAUAUUCAAUAUUAUAUUGUAAGUGCAGUCAGCCUACAAAAUAUAUGUAAUAUAUUAAAUUUAUUUGUACAUAUGCAGAGUAUGGUAUUUGUGUACGGAAUUUGUGCUUUAUGCCUAUUUUUUUCCAGCUCUUUGAUGAGUAGAAUAUUACAUGUGUUGUUAUGGAAAUGCGGAUUAUUGCUUCUAUGGGAAGAUAAUUAUGAAAAUAAAAUCUGAAACUGUGAGAAUCA